UCCCCACGCAUGAGCGGCGGCGCGGCAGGCGGGCUCCGGCGGGGAAGCGAUGGAGGGUAAAGGCGUGGACGGCUCCCAGGCGGACCUGAAGCUGGUGGCCCACCCCCGCGCCAAGAGCAAGGUGUGGAAGUAUUUCGGCUUCGACACCAACGCCGAAGGAUGCAUCCUGCAGUGGAAGAAGAUCUACUGCCGCAUCUGCAUGGCUCAGAUCGCGUAUUCCGGGAACACCUCCAACCUGUCCUACCACCUGGAGAAGAACCACCCCGAGGAGUUCUGCGAGUUUGUCAAGAGCAACACGGAGCAGAUGCGCGAGGCCUUCGCUACCGCCUUCUCCAAGCUGAAGCCCGAGUCCUCCCAGCAGCCAGUGCCGGACGCGCUGGCCGUCAAGUCUGGCCAUGGUCACGAGAGCAAGAAGCAGCAGGAGCUGACGGCCGCCGUGGUGGGGCUCAUCUGCGAGGGGCUGUACCCGGCGUCCAUCGUGGACGAGCCCACCUUCAAGGCGCUGUUGAAGACGGCCGACCCCCGCUACGAGGUCCCCAGCAGGAAGUACAUCUGCAGCAAGGCCAUCCCUGAGAAGUACGGCGCCGUCCGGGACGCGAUCCUCAAGGAGCUGACCGACACCUCCUGGUGCGGCAUCUCCACGGACAUGUGGCGCAGCGAGAACCAGAACCGCGCCUACGUGACGCUGGCCGUCCACUUCCUGGGCGUCAGCUCCCCCAACUGCCUGUCCCUGGGCUCCAGGUGCCUGAAGACGUUCGAGGUACCCGAGGAGAACACGGCGGAGACCAUCACGCGGGUGCUCUACGAGGUCUUCAUCGAGUGGGGCGUCAGUGCCAAGGUCUUCGGGGCCACCACGGACUACGGCAAGGACAUUGUGAAGGCAUGCUCCUUGCUGGACGUAGCGGUCCAGAUGCCCUGCCUUGGACAGACCUUCAACACCGGCAUCCAGCAGGCUUUCCAGCUGCCCAAGCUGGGCGGCCUGCUGUCGCGCUGCCGCAAGCUGGUGGAGUACUUCCAGCAGUCCGCGGUCGCCAUGUACAUGCUGUACGAGAAGCAGAAGCAGCAGAGCAUGGCGCACUGCAUGCUGGUGAGCGACCGCGUCUUCUGGUGGGGCAGCACCUUGGCCAUGCUGCAGAGGCUCAGGGAGCAGCAGUUCGUCAUCGCCGGCGUCCUGGUGGAGGACAGCAACAACCAUCACCUGAUGCUGGAAGCCACCGAGUGGGCCACCAUUGAGGGACUGGUGGAGCUCCUGCAGCCCUUCAAGCAAGUGGCUGAGAUGCUGUCCGCCUCCAAAUACCCCACCAUCAGCAUGGUGAAGCCGCUCUUGCACAUGCUGCUGAAUACCACACUAAACGUGAAGGAGACAGAUUGCAAGGAGAUCAGCAUGGCCAAAGAGGUCAUCGCCAAGGAGCUCUCCAAGACCUACCAGGAGACGCCCGAGAUCGACAUGUUCUUGAAUGUCGCCACCUUCCUGGAUCCCCGCUACAAGAGGCUCCCCUUCCUCUCCGCCUUCGAGAGGCAGCAGGUGGAGAACCGCGUGGUGGAAGAAGCCAAAGGCCUCCUGGACAAGGUCAAAGAUGGCGGCUACCGGCCGGCCGAGGACAAGAUGUUCCCUCUGCCCGAGGAGCCUCCCGUGAAGAAGCUGGCUCUCGCGCCCACGCCUCCGCCCACCAGCGUCAUCAACAACAUGCUGGCCGAGAUCUUCUGCCAGACAGGCGGCGUGGAGGACCAGGAGGAGUGGCACGCCCAGGUGGUGGAGGAGCUCAGCAACUUCAAGUCGCAGAAGGUGCUCGGCCUCAGCGAGGACCCUCUCAAGUGGUGGUCUGACCGCCUGGCCCUGUUCCCGCUGCUGCCCAAGGUGCUGCAGAAGUACUGGUGCGUGACGGCCACCCGCAUCCCGCCUGAGCGCCUCUUCGGCUCUGCGGCCAACGUGGUCAGCGCCAAGAGGAACCGGCUGGCGCCGGCGCACGUGGACGAGCAGGUCUUCCUGUACGAGAACGCCCGCGGCGGCGGGGCGGAGGCCGAGCUCGAGGACCAGGACGAGGGCGAGUGGGGCUUGGACCAGGAGCAGGUGUUCUCUUUGGGGGACGGCGUCAGCGGUGGCUUUUUCGGCAUCCGGGAUGGCGGCUUCCUGUAGGGAGGGCGCCUCUCGUCUCCUCUUAGAUGUCCUUGCCGCGGGGUGGCCCGUUGGAUGCUUUGCUGUAAAUGUCGGCCCCCCCAGCUUGGUGUUGAACCUCAGAGCCCAUCUGAGGUCUUUGAAACCAAGAGGAAAAGGCGUAGAAAAAACAAAGAGACGCAAGAAGGCAGAGAAGCUGCUUUGCGUUCCCGUGCCCUGCUCUCCACGGAUUCCCACGUGGCAUCGCAAACGUUUUUCCCUUCCCAGCCGCUUAGGACAUCUGCAUAAUUCACGGAGCCAGUCCUCCCUUGGAGGGUUCAGAAAUAAACCCAAGAAGAUUCCGGGUGCGGGGUAGAACCAGCCGUUCCCCGGCGCCUUCCGACGCGGGAUGGGAGCGGUGUGUCGUCGGCCGCCUCCAUGUUUACAUUUUCACGGGAGCGGGAGCUUUGCUUGUGGGAAAUGUGGAAGAGCUUCUGUGGCCAGAAUGCCCCUCCUGGAAAGAGAGACAUGUUUUAUGUUUGCAAAAAAGCGUGAACCAUGAGCAUACAAUGCAGACACUUA